CUCGAGCUAUCGAACGUGCGCGCGCAUCUACAAAUGAUACAAAAUUAAAAACGCGGCUUUUUACUUUUUUUAUAUUUAAAAUUAGAACUAAUUGAGUGCCAGUGCUUUGAUUUGAAUUGUUUGAUUAAGUGCAAUGUGGAUAACAUUUGGCUGUUUGGAUUGUUCCGUUGACGCUGAAUUGAGGGUGUAAACAAAAAAAAAUUCGUCGUUUAUAAGCACAUUCCGGAUGAAGCCAAUAUGACAAGAAAGUUUCUCUUCUGUUUCCCACUUCGACUGGGGAACAUUGUCUUCGGUUAUGUUAUAAUUACGAUAGCAAUAGCUGUGUUCGGGUACAACCUCUACGAGUUGGGUCUCACCCUCGUCUCUGACAACUAUGAGGACGAAAAGUUCCGAAACUUCGAGAACUUGGAAAACAUAUUCGGGAAGAACAAGACGUCGCUGGUGGCUGGCAUCACAAUAGCGUACUACAUAUCGUACUGCGCUGUAUCCUUCCUGCUAUUUAUAUUUGGAACUUUGCUGGUCUGCGGCGCGUAUCAUGCCAACCUGUGCUUGGUGACCAGCUUCUUCGUGUACAGCUUCAUACAUUUGUUCUUCACAAUAGGACUUAUUGUGUGGGAGGCAGUGUCUGCAGGUUGGAUACAACUUGGAUUGAUAGCUCUGACAGAUUUUCUCCUGAUAAUCUGUUUGUUCAGCGUGAAGUACCUCAUGGAAGCAAUCCGUACCGGGAACAUAUACAGCCGCCCUGGAGAGAUCCUGUGUGAGCACAACUUCAGAUCAACGGGAUCCAAACAUUACUACCACGACUUUGACCGAUAGUUCCUUAAUUUUUACGAUGUUACUAUACUAUAAGUUUCUAUAGUUGAAAACUUCUAUGGCUAUCCCUUUGUAUAACAUAAAAUAUUAUAAUAUAAGUGGACAAAAAAAUUAAAUUUCAUUAUGGUCAACAACGCGCAGGUGACACCCCUAGUGUUACAGGAGUUCACAGGCUACAGUGAUUUUUUAUCAGGGGCUCUAUGCUCGUUUGCUACCUUUGUAGUAUAAAAAAAACUGAAUAAAUACAAAUAAAUAUUGUCUAUUAAAAGUAAAAAAUAUAUAGAAUGUAAAAUCUUUUCUAUAAGUAUUUAUAUUAGUUAUUGUUAUUAUUUAUUUGGACUAGUUACAUUUUCAUUUACAAUUUAUUAUUAAGUACUUAUUUGAGAGUACAAAUAUUUUAUUUAUUUUGUAUCCAGCCGUUAACUGUCCACUGCUGAACAUAGGCCUCCUCCAUAAAGGGCGUUUUGCCAAUAGUUGCCACGCAGCUAGUAUUUGGUGAUGAAAGAGAGAAAGAGACGCUGCUGCCCAUUCCACGCUUAUUGAGUUAGUCGCCUCUUACGACACCCACGAAUAAAGUAAGGGGUAGUCUAUUCUAUACCGGGACCAUACGACAAAUAUUUUAUAUGUAGUAUGUGAAUAAAAAGAUUCUACAAGUGCCAACAAUAUAUAAUUAAUAAUCAAAUUUUCUUAAAAUCAACAUUCGAGAGAGAUUGAUAACGAGCAAUGUAUUGCAUACAAAAAAAAUAUAGUCUUAAAACCAGUUCAAUUUCAGAACGAUGAUUUGAGAAACUAGACAAAUUUCAAAUGUUUGUAUGAAACAAACCUAUGAACAGCAAAACAAAUGUAAAACUUUGUAAUAGUCAAAUUAAAUGGUACCUAUAUUUCAUCAACAAUUAAUCGAAAUAAUUAAAGUUUGAAAAUGCAUUAAAAUUAUUAAAACUCCGCUCAUAGGAUUAUAUCAUCAUAACAUUCCAUUCAAAACUAUAGAUAAAAACCUAACGUUAAGAAUCAUUGAUUUUUUUAAAUUAUUUUUAAAAUAUAGAAUGAUUAAGAGCAAUCAGAUAGUAAAGAAUUUAUAUAUAUAACCUUAAAAAUUCUUCAAGUAGUAGAGUACUAAAUGUGUCAAAUUAUACUAUUGAAAUCGAUUGAAUUAUAUUAAAAUGCUACGUUUGAAUUGACAAAUUAAAUGUCCUGGUAUUUUAACUUUUGUAAACUCCGCUUCCUUACAUAUAAGAUAACGUAAUAUAAUAUCCAAUACUUAUCUUAUUAUAGAUCGUAGUCGUAGAUACACGCGUGUGUAUUUUGAGCAUUCCGAGAAUAGACUCAUUUAUCUGACGUGUUUAAUUAAUGAAAAUAAUAUAUCAGCCCAAAAUAAUAGGAAUAUGCUAUACCUAUAAAUCUAUUUUGCUGAUAUAAUUACAGUUAAUUAUAGAGAAGCAAUUCCUAAACAAUCAAGUGGGUAAAAAUAACGUUCAAGAAAUAAGCACAUUACUUAUUAAAAAUCCGGCAGCACGCUUACAAUUCCUAUGGUGUAACGGGUGCUCAUGGGCUAUGGUAGUCACUUAUCAUAGGGUGAGCCGCAAUGCUCGUUUAAAAAAUAAAAUAAAAAAAUUACUCACGAUUUUAACCUCUAAUGAGGUAGACAGAAAUAUUUCUGAACUGUUAUAAACGUAAUAAUCGACAUACUUAUAUUUCUUCCAUAUUAAAAUCAAAAAGGUACAUUCAAAAUUUUAUAUUAGUCAUGAUUCAAGCAAAAAGCCGUAAAACAUCUUUGUAGGUUAAUAUAUUUUAAUGUCUUCGUUCAAUAUUCAGCUCAAGUUUUGAACUUUAGCCAUCAGUUAAAAUUCAAACGCUACCGGCGUUAUAUGAAUAUAAUAACUUUCAAAUAGGAUAUAUCGAGUGAGACAAUAAAAAUUGAUAUCCUACUAAAACUUGAUAUAGAAAUAAGAAGUUUUCAACAUUGAUUGAUGAAUUAUAAAUAUAAACUCCGUUGUGUCAAAUGUUCGUGAUUCCUGUCUGUACCGAAUUAAAUAAUUUUAUAUUAAAAUCUU